AUGGAUCAGUCUGUUGUGUUUGUGUAUCCCAUGCCUUUACAGACACUGCAUGAAGCUCUGGUCAUGAAUGGCACAACAGAAGUAAACCAGAUGAAGCAGUAUCAGACACCUAUCAAAGCUUUGCUGUCUACGCUGCCAGGUGUUCUCUUCCUGUAUGUAAACGGAGUCAUGAUGUUUACGUUGUUGAGAAAGCCUCUCUUACUAGAGUCCUCUCGCUAUAUCCUAUUUGGUCAUCUGCUCCUCACUGACUCUCUGCAGCUUCUAGUCACUAUGUUGCUGUACAUCUUUGCUGUGACCAUGGUCAGAAUGAUCAGUUAUGUUUGUAUGGUUAUCACAAUGCUUGCAGCCAUUGCUGUUAAAAUAUCCCCCCUCAACCUCGCUGUGAUGUGUUUGGAGAGGUAUGUCUCCAUAUGUUUUCCACUGAGGCACGCUGAUAUUGCAACCACAAGGACGACGGGCAAAGCCAUUGCUUUUAUGUGGACAGUGGCGUCUUUAGAGUCGUUCACCCAGGUCCUCCUGUUUUUCAGUCUUGAGAACACAGGCUUCACUUUAAAAGGGUUCUGCACCAGGGAAAAUGUCUUCCGGCUACAGAUUUACUCAACUUUAAACAAGGCCUUUAUCAUUAUGCUUUUUGUACUGGUGAGCAUGAUUAUCAUGUAUACAUAUAUUGCUAUCAUGUUUACUGUGAAGUCCGUCUCUUCUAAUAUCAGUAAGGCCAAUAAGGCCCACAAAACAGUGCUGUUGCAUCUGUUUCAGUUGUGCCUGUGUCUCAUGUCUACUCUGUUUAAUAUGAUAAACUCCAAUAGCCUGUGGCAAAUAAAUCCUGCCAUGGCCAUUAAUUUUCAGUAUAUCCUCUUUGUAGGUCUUAUCAUUUUCCCUAAGUGUUUGAGCCCGCUCAUAUAUGGCCUCAGAGAUCACACCUUCAGACACGUCUUCAAAUACUAUUUCACCUUUGGCUUCAAAACCCCUGUUGGGCCACGUACUAAGACUUGA